AUGGAUGACGCAGGAGCAGCACCGAAUGCGGCAGACAAGGCGGACGGAUUCGACGGGCUGGACCAUCAGCCCAACUUCGAGGGUGUGUUCGAUCGGCGCAGCCCAACGCUCGGUGCGGACACCAAAACCUACCACGUCAAGAUCCGGCUCACCGAAACCGACGACAUCGUACUGUACGAAAGCCCCAGCCACGUCGUGUCCCAGGAUGCAGAGGAAGCGGCCCUCGUACUGGAGCAAAACCGUGCCUUCGAAACGCGCCCACGAGCCCGCCGUACGGCCGACGCCGAAGCGCAAACGCGCGAUCUUCCCUGCAAGUCCCGCUCGGUCAACACCGAAUGCAUCCAGCGGCAGGACGUGGCCUCGUUCGUGUCCAACUACGACAUGUACGACACCUACAACGAUCUCGAACGGCACACCAAAGAGAUCAAUGUGGCCGAAUCGUCGGCCAAGCUGGAGAUUACGACGUACUCUCGCGAAGGCAUGGAGGACAUCGAUGACCGGCUGAACCGCAACCCAAACUUCCACCUUUCCUCCAUGAUCCUGCAACGGUUACUGGCGGGGAAUGUGUACCGGGAGCAGCAGAUCCGGUUCCGCAACAUGUACCCACCGGAUCCGUGCCGGGUGGACGUGCAGUAUCUGUACCGAUUGGAGACACUCUGGCGCUACCGGACGGUCGAGACGCUCGGGAAGGCAGUCGCGUGCGCUUCCUGGUGUCCAGCGAACGGUGACAUCGUGGCCAUCGCAUACGGCAUCUAUGGCCACACGGUAAGCGAAGACCGUGGCACCGGGUACGUGUACGUGUGGAACAUCAAGAAUCCCGUCAAUCCGGAGCGUCGCUACCGGUUCGAUUGUCCGGUGACGUGCGUUGCCUUCUCGCACCGUACACCGCAGCUACUGGCAGUUGGACUGUUCGAUGGUAAGGUGCAAAUCCGUGACAUUACCGAUGCUACGCCAACGCCGCUGGCCGUAUCCGAACGGGACAAGUUCCCGAUCUACCAACCGAUCUGGGACCUCCGGUGGGUCGAGUUCGAUAACGAGGGUAAGGACGAGGUGAUUGCGGUGUCACAGAGCGGUUGGAUCAUGAAGUACACGCUCACGAUCGGGGAGUAUCUGUUGACGUACCCGUUGCUACGGUUGGACCGUGUUGAGGGCAAGAUCGAGGGCACUGCUGGUGGUGGUUCGGUUGGUGAUGGCGAAGAACAGUCCGUGGCACCACCGCUCAUGCCCAUCCAGUCCGAUCUGCAUCCACAAGCACUCUGCAUUACGAUCCAUCCGGUGCACAAGGACAAGUACUACGUCGGUACGGACGAGGGAGCGGUCCAUUGGUGUAGCAUCAACGAUCCGUUUCAGCAUCUGGGCGUAUGGCAGAUGCACAACCGGGGCAUCUUCUGCAUCGAACACUCACCGUGGAGUCCCAAGAUCUUCCUCACCUGCAGCGGUGAUUGGAGUGUGCGAGUUUGGAUCGAGGACCUUACCGAACCGGUCGUGACGCUGACGGCGGGCUUUGCGCCGAUCCAGGCCGCGUACUGGUCACCCACCAACAGUACGGUCAUUGCGAGCGUUACCCGGCAUGCGGUGCAGCUGUGGGAUUUGAAGCGUCGCAGUCCGAAGCCAGCUUCGGAGACGGCGCUCGGUGGGUUGACGACACCGUUGACCAUCAUACGGUUCAGUAACUGUGGCCGCACCCUGCUCGUCGGCGAUGGUGAAGGUAAUGCGCAUGUGUGCGCCCUCGAGGAUAUGCCGUUUCCGCCACAUUUUCAGUACCGCGAGCUGCAGGCGGCCAUCUAUGGGAAGCUCGUUACGAAACCGGACCUCCUGGCGCGCGUCCGCCGGAUGGGCUAUCUGGGUUAUUAAGGUUCAGGUGCGCGUCGUCCAGAUGCCUACGAUGCGACGAUGAUCUAG